GGCAUAUUUGCGCUACUGGCGGGUACAGCGUUGUGCUGUCUUUCUGUCAUGGCUCGCACUAAGCAAACUGCUCGGAAGUCUACUGGUGGCAAAGCGCCACGCAAACAGUUGGCCACUAAGGCAGCUCGCAAGAGCGCUCCGGCUACCGGCGGCGUGAAAAAGCCCCACCGCUACCGGCCCGGCACUGUGGCUCUGCGCGAGAUCCGUCGUUAUCAGAAGUCCACUGAACUGCUCAUUCGUAAACUACCUUUCCAGCGCCUGGUGCGCGAGAUUGCGCAGGACUUUAAAACAGACCUGCGUUUCCAGAGCUCCGCUGUGAUGGCUCUGCAGGAGGCGUGCGAGGCCUACUUGGUGGGGCUGUUUGAGGACACCAACCUGUGCGCCAUCCAUGCUAAGCGCGUCACUAUCAUGCCCAAAGACAUCCAGCUCGCCCGCCGCAUCCGCGGAGAGCGGGCGUGAUUACUCUGGCAGCUUUGACGGUCCAAUCAAAGGCUCUUUUCAGAGCCACCACCUUUUCAAGUAAAGUAGCUGUAAGAAACCAAUUUAAGACCAAAGGGAAUGCAUCGGGAGCACUUUUCGUUUUAAUGCUCGCCACUGAAGGCUUCAAAAUCGUUCGAUUUCGGCCGGUCGCGGUGACUCACGGCUGUGAUGCAAGCUUUCUGGGAGGCUGAGGCGGGCGGAUCAGAGAUCAGGAGUUCGGGAUCAGCCUGGCCAACAUGGCCGAACCCCGUCUCUACGAAAAAUACAAAAACACGCCGGGCGCGAUGGCGAGCGCCUGUAAUCCCAGCUACACUCGGGAGGCUGAGGCAGGAGAAACUCUUGAACCUGAGAGGCAGAGGCUUCAGCGGAUCGAGAUUACGCUAAUGUACUACAGUCUGGGCGACUGCGAGAUUCAGUAAAAAAAAAAAAAAAAAAAAAAAAUCGACUUAAAAUAGUUCUGGAGUCAGAAUGGGUUUACGUUUAAUUCUUAAACCAGUUCCUCAAAGCCUGUAGCUCUGUUAAGAAAAUAAAGGCCAUUGGUCAAGC